AAAAUGAAUUUAGGCGCGCUAAAGCGAAGUUCCGUAGAAGACCGUGAGAUGUCAAGUCGAUCGGGACCGCCAGCGAACAAAAGAACGGGAUUGGUCGCUUCGAAAGUAGUGCCAGACAUGUGUUUCGUUUCCCGCCUCGUGGGUUGUUAUUGUGUGGGGGCCCCGCCAGUCCGGUGAGUCGAGUGCAGAGAGCAUAGGGCCUAGACCAGAAUCGAACCGCCGUUGGGUUGGCUCUUCGGUACGGUGGUGGCUCAGUCCGACUGGUGACCGACCGUCGUCCGUCCGUCAUAUUCCCGGUUUGAAAGCAAGGUUGCGACUAGUUGUUGCGACGCAGGAAGGUGUAGUGAUUCGUGUACGAAGUUACGAACGGAUUUUUGCCGACAAUGGAGAAGCGGAUAGAACUUGAGAAACGGGGAAGAAACUCCAGUGAAGUCAAGGAACUUGUUCUUGACAAUUGUCGGAGUACACAUAUAGUAGGUCUGACAGAUGAAUUUGUUGCAUUAGAAUCGUUAAGUCUCAUUAAUGUGGGUCUUACCAGUCUAAAAGGUUUCCCAAAACUAUCAAGUCUUAAAAAGUUGGAACUUAGUGACAACAGAAUUUCUGGAGGUUUAAAUCUUCUUCAAUCAAGUCCCAAACUAACUCAUCUUAAUCUUAGUGGAAACAAGAUCAAAGAUCUUGAUACACUUCAACCUUUAAAAGAGUUCAAAAAUUUAAAAAAUCUGGAUCUUUUUAACAAUGAAGUAACAAAUUUGGACAACUAUAGAGAAAAGGUUUUUAGCCUUAUUCCCAGCCUUCGAUGUCUUGAUGGAUUCGACACAGACGAUUGUGAAGUAGACAGUGAAGGGGAGGAUGAUGAAGUAAAUGGAAAUGAAGAUGGAGAUGGAGAUGCUAAUGAAGAAGAUAGUGAAGAAGUUUCAGAUGAAGAAGAUUUUGAAGAUUUUGAUGACCGUGGUGUAGGAUUAGCAGCUGUAUACAAAGACGGUCUUGAAGACGAAAGUGAUGAAGAUGAUUUCCUUUGUGAAGAUGAAGAAGAAGAGGAUGAUGAUGAUAAUGAAGAUGAUGAACAGGAUGAGGAAGAAGAAUCGUCUCCUGCUCGAGGAAAGAAGAGAAAACAUGAAGAUGGAGAUUCAGGGAACUAGAACCAUAAAAACAGGUUUCUGAUACUGUUGAAUGAGUGUAAAAUUCAUAUAAAUAAUAACAAUAAUUGAGACACCGAGUGAACAUCUGGGAAUCAAAUUAAUUGACCAAUGACAGACUACAGUUAGUGGUGUGAAUUUAUCAGUAAAUCAUUGACUGACAAAUUGUCUGUGGAAUAACAAACCAUUGCGAAAAAGAGGGAUGUGAAUGAAAAUGAAAAAGAGGAUAAUGAAGGCAUAAAAUAGGACUGCAUUCCAGCUGGGCACAGCGCGUUUUAGUUAUACUAACGAUAUUUUAUAUAGAGUAUAUAGUUAGAGUAUUAGUGGUGUUGCAUAGUGGAAAGAUCAGAUAUUGAAGGACUUGGAAAAGGCAACAGUGGAGUUUUACACUUGAAGGAGCAUAUUUGUCUGUUAGCUCCAGUCGGCCAAAGGCUGGUCACGCUGGAAUGCAGUCAUCGUUAAUCAGUACUAAGAUUACAUAAGUUACAUUUUAAAUACAUUAUUAUUGUACCAUGGAUAAGUAUAGAGUAACCGAAGAAACAAUCUUUUUGUACAGGUUUACACCAUACAUUGAGGUGCAUUACGCCUCUGUGAUUUUUGGGACAGAAAAUAAAGAAAUAAAUAUAUGUUGCUCAUACAUUGAGCAUAUAUCUAUGAAAAAUGUAUUAAGAUAAGAAUUUACAUCUUAAGAAUUGAAAAAAAUGAAAAAAAAGUAUGUACAUUUUAUUUAUUAAAGUAAUAAUGUUUGAAAUGUAUAAUUAAUACAUACCAAAAAAAAAAUCAUUAAUGACAUUUUAGUAUUUUCAGUUUGAUUAUUUUGAUACAAGUUAAAUAAUUUUGAUAUUUUAAAGACUUUUGAAAGGAACUGCGAAGUAACAAAAGCAUAAUUAAUGAAUUGUAAUAUUCUGACUAGUAAUUUUUAGUGAAUUUUAAGUUUCAGGUGUUUAUGUAUAAUGGCAAUAAUAUGCCGCAUUAACAUGUCUGUUAAGAUUACUGUUGAUUACUUUUGGGCAUUCCAUGUGCUCUGCUGUGUUAUGCUCUAACAUGACAAAUUUAUUUGAUCAAGAAUUAUCAUAUUUCCCUAUUUGUAAUUGCAAAUAUGCAACUACAAUGAUUAAAUGUUUUUUCAUAUUAAAAAAUACGAUUUAUUUACGAUUUACAAAUUACUUAAUGGAUUUGUAUUGUUUACAUGUAACAACAAGUUCAAACCUGUGUAUUGGAACAUGAUAUUGAACAAAAACAAAAAAUCAAAAUUACCAUAAAUUACCAUAAUUACCUUUAAUUUCUGUCUCUGAAGUUACCAUAGCGCUGACAUCUCGUGAUCAUUGAAGUGCGAAGUUAUUGAGUAAUGAUCAUUAAUAUUAUUAUUAAUAUUAAAUUACAAUUAUAAUUUAAAAAAGGUAACAAAUAUUUACACUUGCGCUUUCGCACUUUUGAAUUGUAUUAAAAAAAAAAGAGAGAAACGCAAAAUUUAGAUUAGAGUGGAAAGAUAAAAUCUCGAGAAAUAGGCGCAAAAAUAAAAUAUGGAUCAGACGAUGUAGUUAAUGGUGAGACUGUGGCAAGUGGAUUAUCGAACGGACUACCAAUUAACUACGUGAUCGUGAGAAUGGAUGGGAGUGAAAUAGCGAGUGAGAGUGCAAGAGAGGAUCGGUUUUAUAAGAAAAAAAUUAUGGUAGAGUCGAGGAUCUGGCGCCUCUUUGUCGCCAGUUUGGUUAUGGCCUUAUCCAAUUUUUCCAAGACUAAAGCAAAUUUAUAUUAGGUACAAUGAGUAUAUGACAUGUACAGGUCCAAAUCUGUAAAUUUCCAAUCUGCAAUUUGUAAUUGCGGCUCGCGCGAAUGUCGUAUUAAAAGUUAAAUUAUAAAUAAUUAAAAAAAUUAAAUUAUAAAUAAUUAAACAUUCCGCGCGCCCCGCGACACACACUUUUGUCAAUUGCACUUUUGGAUAGACCAUUUACAUAAGGGAAUCUAUCACCUUCUAUUAUCAGAUCUAUAACAUCUCUGUAUUGUCUGUCUGUUCAGUUGUUAAAGUGGAUUUUUAUCAUAACGUUUGUUUAUUUCGAGCAAUCCUCAUCACAAAAUAAGAAAAAAUAAUUUAUUAAUAAAAUCAUUUACAAAUCAA